GAAUUCAUAAAAAUGUCCUGGCUAACGAAAAUAAUCAUUAUAGUUAACCUUUUGGUACACAUUCAAUUGGCUGAGCUGAUAAGGUAUCUGGAUGAAGGUGACACAUUUGAUGGCUUUAGCUCCAUAUUCCAACAGCCGAAGAAGCAACGCAGCUGGGACCUGGAGGAGGAUCACGAUCCAGAUCGGGAUCAAUGGAAGGGCAAUGCCUACGUGGACUCGCAGUCGGGCAUCUGUCCCGCCGAGAAUCCGCAGGAUGUGCGAUAUGAGAAGAAGAAUCGCUGCAAGGCGGCCAAGAAAAUCGUGAAGGACGAGGACGAUGACGAGGAUGCCGAUCCCGCGGCCAAUAGUGACACUGACGAUGAUAGCAAAUGCAAUGAUGGUGAUGAGGAGGAGGGCGAUGAUGAGGCCGAUGAAGAGGAGGCCGAGGAAAUGGGUUUCGAGGAUGAGGCCUUCGUGGCCAGGAUCAACUGCUUACUGGGCUCGCUGCAUAAGCACACCAAAGCCAUGACCGACAACCUCAAGGUCCUGCAAUCCCGCUUGACCAAGAAAAAGGACACCUCAUGCAGAGGCAACAGCAACAGCCAUGGCACUACGCCCACGGAACAUCCCAGUGUGAAAUGGUCCAAGAAGCCGGAUUUCUAUGGACGCAGCGAGCCGUGUGGCGACGAGCGAUGUUACACCGAGGAGAGUGCGGCGAACAAGGAUGUGCCGCCAGAGGCUCUGACUGAGGAUCGUCGCCUGGUGGUGCCACCUCUGCUGCAACUCUUCCAUGGUCCUGUCCAGCUGCAGGCCACGCUGAACAGCGGCCAGGACAUCACGGGCUCAAGGUCGCGAUAUUGGAUGCCCUCGCCGGAAUCCCCCAACGAAUUCCAGCCACCGCAAGUGCAACCGGAGGAAAAGACUCAGGUGCGAUACGAGGAGUACGAGGCCAGAUUGCGCCGCCUCAUGGACAAUCGGGAUGAGAUCGAGCGCAAUGUGAUGAAGAUGAUGAGUCCAGCGAAGUAGAAUAAAUGUGAAUAAAUGUUACUGUUUAAGG